UCCCCUCUCUUUUUGUUCAGGACAGCACUGUGUGUUUCCCACAGUGACAGUAAUGAGGGUUCUUUAACAAAUUAACUUAAGUCACAGACAGAAGGAUCUCACCUGUAGACUCUACAGUACCUGCAUUUCCCCUCACUAAAUAUUUUAAGCAUCCCCUGUGGGAGAAGUUUUGGUUCAAAGGCAUUCCCAAAGUGUCUGUGCGACAUCAUGUCUGUGGUCAAAAUCCUGUGCUGUUUGCUGUUAACAUUUCACCUCAGUGAGGGGAAGAAAAUCAAGGGACACAGAGCAGUGGACGCAGAACAGAGGGUUGUCCUAAAGGAGAAAAAGCCGUAUGUCAUCAGUUCUGUCUUCAAGAUGUUUUCAGAAGGUGAGGACAACUGCAUACUGGACCCUCUGCAGCUGCACACUCUCACCUCCUGUGGCUUCAACAGCAGUAAUCCCCUCAUCAUCAUCACUCACGGGUGGUCGGUGGAUGGUAUGAUGGAGAGCUGGGUGCCCCGGAUGGCCACAGCCCUGAAGACAAAUCUCAUAGACGUCAAUGUGGUGAUUACUGACUGGCUGUCCCUGGCUCACCAGCACUACCCUAAAGCUGCACACGCAACCCGCACCAUUGGCAAAGAUAUAGCUCACCUGCUGCAGUCGCUUCAGGCACAUUACCAGUACCCAGUUAAAAAGGUUCAUUUGAUUGGCUACAGUCUUGGCGCUCACAUCUCUGGGUUUGCUGGAAGCUAUCUGGAGGGUUCGGAGAAGAUUGGAAGAAUCACUGGUCUUGAUCCAGCAGGGCCACUGUUUGAAGGCAUGUCUCCCACAGACAGACUGUCUCCUGAUGAUGCUGAAUUUGUAGAUGCCAUUCACACCUUCACCCAGGAGCGUUUGGGCCUCAGUGUGGGCAUCAAGCAAGCUGUGGCACAUUAUGACUUUUACCCAAAUGGAGGAGACUUCCAACCAGGAUGUGACCUGCACAACAUUUACGAGCACGUAACCCAGUAUGGUAUCCUUGGUUUGGAUCAGACAGUGAAAUGUGCUCAUGAGCGGUCCGUCCAUCUCUUCAUUGACUCUGUGCUGAAUAAAGACAAGCAGAGCAGGGCCUACAGGUGCACUGACAAGAGGGCUUUUAACAAAGGUGUGUGUCUGGACUGUCGGAAGAAUCGCUGCAACACGCUGGGCUACGAUAUCAAGAGGGUUCGCAGUAGCAACAGCAAGAGGCUCUACCUGAACACACGCCCUCGGAUGCCCUACAAACUCUUUCAUUACCAGUUCAGGAUCCAGUUUGUUAACCAGACGGAAGCAAUGGAGCCCACCCUCACCAUCUCCCUCACUGGAACAAAGGAGGAGAGUGAAGACCUCCCCAUUACCAUCACUGAAAAGAUUUUGGAUAAUAAGACCUACACCUUCCUGAUCACGCUGGACAGAGACUUAGGGGAUCUGAUGUUCCUCACCUUGCAGUGGGAGAGAUCAGAUGUGUGGAAGAACGUGUGGAACAAGAUGCAGAGCAUCUUUGGCUGGGGCAGCCAGCAAAGUAACCCACAGCUGACAGUGGGCAGGAUCAGCAUCAAAGCAGGCGAAACACAGGAGAGGACAUCUUUUUGUGCCAUGAAUGAUAAUGGACAGCACAUGGAAGAGCUGGAGGAUAAAGUGUUUGUACGCUGUAAAGAAGACAAACCAAGACACCGCAGAAGGAAGCAGCACUGAUGCACUCAUGAACAGACUGAAGAUCUCUGAUGGAGGGGCUGGAGGUUCACAACUGGAUGCAACUCGGAAAACUCCUCAAAGUGAGGCUGGGCAGAUUUGGGAAGUAAAUUAGAAAUCAUUAAUUAUCUGAAGAUGUGGCACAGUACAAAUAAGUGCUGAAAUGUAAUAGGAGAUUUUUUGUAACUGUGCAACUGAUGUAAACUGUGUUUACAAUUCACAGAUCCCUGUUCAAGUUUGAUUUCGUGAUAAAGCUAUUAAUGAGUUAAGUAUUGCACAGUGCAUUUUUAAGAACCAGCCCAUAUUGACAUUUCUGUCUUCAUACAAAUGUUUUUCAAGUGUACAAAGAGAUGGAAAUUUGCCAGUUUAAACACUAAGUGAACAGUGAACAGUCAGGCGUUCAACGACCUUUUGAUGACGUUAAUUCCAAAGCAUGUUAAUGUAUUUUUUUCUGUGUGUGUCUUACUUGUACAUCAUUUAAAAACCUACAUUAAGUCUUACCAAUAACAUAAUAUAAAUACAUGUUAAUCAAACUCAAACCAAAGCCAUAAAUAUACACUUUUUCUUUUCUAUUCUGUUUUGUGGUGUUUGAUUUUUUUUUUUUUACAGCUGUAAACUCAGGGGCAGGUUAAAUCAGCUGCCAGUAAAGCUGGAACAUUAAAUACAAGCUCAUGUCAGGCUAUCCUGUCCUGAAUGUCUAAAUUGUAUGUCUAACUUGCACAAACAGAGCGUACAAUCAUAAUACUACCUUUUGCAACUACGUACAAACAGCAAAACAAACAUUUGAUCAACUCUGGUUUAUUAAUGCAUUUCAAGUAGUUCAAAAGAAAUUAUAGUUUUGCACAAUAACUUUGCAAAUUUAGUAAAAUUUUCAAAGUAAGCAGAAUGGGAAACAGAACAAAAAGGGAAAAAGGAAAUUUAAAAAAAAAAUAAAGACCAUUGAAGACACUGUAUAAAACACAGGAGACAUUAAAAUCAGACAGUAGUACUGAAUCUAUACCAUUUUGGAUUCUCUGUUUACAUCACUUACACUUCAGUGCACAUUUUCUCAACAUCACAGCAACACAUGUGAAAGACAGAAAAUUUUUCCCAGAGUAUUAUCCCCCGACACCCAGUAAUGUCCACAUCUUACCAUAUCAACAAAAAAAGAUAAGGAUGGUUCAGCAAAGCAUCUCUCUCUCUCUCUCUCUCUCUCUCUCACACACACACUCACACACUCACACACACACACACACACACACACACACACACA